CAUGUCCAGCGUUACAUCAUAAAAUCAUACUACAUAUAUGCACAAAUGAAUCAAAAGGAGGGUUGAAUUAUAGAUCAUACUGUUGUUUAGCAUAACAAGUCUAUACAUUCAUUUUGGUGAAUUUAAAAAAAAAAAAAAAUGGGUAGUUUUGCUUCCUCGUUCUUCUCUCUCUCACUGAUCUGUUUCAUUAUGUUCUUCAAAUUCUGCAUCGCCUCUGACACUUUAACUUCAAACCAAUCCAUCAGUGAUGAAGAGACUUUAGUUUCCUCAGGUCAAAUAUAUGAACUGGGCUUCUUCUCUCCUGGCAGCAGCAAGAAUAGGUUUCUGGGAAUAUGGUACAAGAAUGAUCCACUUAUAGCUGUUUGGGUUGCAAACAGAAACAACCCGAUUACAGAUUCAACUGGAGUUUUAACAGUCACCAACAAUGGAACACUUGUUCUUCACACACAAACGAAGGGCCUAAUUAUCUGGUCUACCAAUACAUCAAGAGCAUCAGAAAGUCCCAUUUUGCAGAUGUUAGACACUGGAAACCUUGUCAUACUCGACAAGAAUAGCAGAGAUUUGAUUUGGCAGAGCUUCGAUUAUCCAUCCGAUACACGGUUACCAGAUAUGAAGAUGGGACACUACUGCUUAAACGAUGAUCUAGACCGAUAUUUGGUGUCGUGGAAAAGUGCUGAUGAUCCAUCUCCUGGAGACUUCACUUACAGAAUUGAAAAUCAUGGGCUGCCUCAGUUUGUUAUAUUCAAGGGAUUAGUGAAGACAUAUCGGUCUGCAGCAUGGAAUGGAGUUCAAUUCACUGCUCAUUCCGCUAAUCAAAAUCCGUUGUUUUCACCUGUUUUUGUUUUCAAUGAUGACAAGUUGUGUUAUGUGUAUGACCGUUACAAUCACUCAGUUGUUACAAGACUAACCUUGAAUCAGUCCGGUGUGCUUCAACGCUACAGAGUGAAUGAAACUAGCAUGAAAUGGUCUCUGAUGUUCAGUGUACCAAGGGAUCAGUGUGACAAUUAUGGGCAGUGUGGAGCUAAUGGGGUUUGCAAAAUUUCCAAAAUUCCAGCAUGUGAGUGUUUGGAAGGGUUCAUUCCCAAAUCACAAGAAGAAUGGGGAAAUCUUGAUUGGUCUAGUGGAUGCGUGAGGAAGACACCGGUGGUGGGUUGCCGGAUUAAAGAGGGGUUUUUGAAGGUUGAGGGGGUGAAAUUGCCUGAUUUUUUGCAGUUCUAUUUCAACAAGAAUAUGAGCCUUAAGGAGUGCAAGGCAGAGUGCUUAAAGAACUGUUCUUGCACGGCCUGUACUAAUUCGAACAUUACUCAAGGUGGCAGUGGCUGUUUGAUGUGGUUCGGAGCUCUGACUGAUGUAAAAGAACUCAAUGGUGAAGCUAGCAGGCGAGAUAUUUACAUCCGGUUGGCAGCUUCCGACUUGGAAUCUAACGGGGAUUCAAGUAAGAAGAAAAUAUUGGUGAUUGCUCUUGUGGUAUCAAUCGCUUCUGGAAUUCUUAUGUUGGGCUUGGUAUUAUGGUAUUUUAAAUGGAAGAAGAGAAUAAACAGAAACGGUGAAGAUUUGGAUUUACCUUUAUUUGAUUUGGCUACCAUUACUAACGCGACAAAUAACUUCUCUGAUGCAAACUUGCUUGGAGAGGGAGGCUUUGGUCCAGUUUACAAGGGAAAUAUUUCAAAUGGACAAGAAAUUGCAGUGAAGAGGCUGUCCAAGGAUUCAGGACAGGGCAUUAACGAAUUUAAGAAUGAAGUUGCUUUGAUAGCCAAACUUCAGCAUAGGAAUCUGGUCAGGCUUGUGGGCUGCUGCAUUCAAAGAGAAGAAAGGAUGUUGAUCUAUGAGUACAUGCCCAACAAAAGCUUGGAUCAUUUCAUUUUUGAUCAAAAUGGUGGCGCAUUGCCAUGGCAAAUGCGCUUUGACAUUGUUAUGGGGAUUGCACGAGGACUUCUCUACCUCCACCAAGACUCAAGAUUACGAAUCAUUCAUAGGGAUCUCAAAGCGAGCAACAUUUUGCUAGAUAGUGAAAUGAACCCAAGAAUUUCUGACUUUGGGUUAGCAAGAAUUGUCGAAGGGAACCAAGUUUAUGCAACAACUCAGAGAGUUAUUGGAACAUAUGGCUAUAUGUCCCCUGAGUAUGCAAUUGAUGGAACGUUCUCUAUGAAAUCUGAUAUCUUCAGCUUUGGUGUGCUUUUAUUAGAGAUAGUGAGUGGUAAAAAGAACAGAGGGUUUUCUCAUUCAAAGCACCACCAUAACCUUUUGGGACAUGCAUGGAUGCUGUGGCAAGAAGAUCAGGCUUUGGAACUAAUGGAUGCAUGUUUGAGGGAUUCAUGUGUUGAGUGUCAGGUAGUGAGAUGUAUCCAAUUGGGACUCCUUUGUGUUCAAAAACUACCAGAAGACAGGCCACCGAUGUCAUCUGUAGUUUUCAUGUUGGGUCAUGAGGAAGCUUCAUUGCCUCAACCUAAGCAGCCUGGCUUCUUCACAGAAAGACGUUCAAAUGAGGCUGAUUAUUCAGUAUCAAGAGAAACUGAUCUCUAUACUGGGGAUGCAGAGACUAUUACAACGCUGCAACCUAGAUAGAGAGAUUUAACUAAUGCAAUGCCCUUAUUUUGUCAAAGAGUUUAGAAUUAGUAUUUUUACUUAAAUGUGAUUUCAGGAACUUUAAACUAGUAAUAUUUGCAAAGUUGUUCUUUUUUAGGAACAAAAGCUCCAUUAAAAAUCACACAGCUCAAUGUUGGUUUUCUUGUA